CACGAUGCCCGUCCUGACGAAGGGUGCAGAGUGCCCUGAACCUGUUACCGGCAUCAGCCAAUCAGAUCGCGGCAUCUCAGAGCGCCCUGCCCGCUGUCCAUUGUUCCCCAGGGCACCCAGGGGUAUAUAAGGCGGCGAAAAUCCCACUUUCCAUCAGUUUUGCCUGGUUGAAUCUUCGAGAGACUAACUCUUCGCAAAGCGAUUUUUUGAAAUUUCCUGAUUGUGGAAUUUCGUACUAUCGAACGUGAUCAAGAUGCCUGACGCAUUCGGAUUUAUCAAGGACUUCCUGGCCGGAGGGAUCUCUGCCGGGGUCUCCAAGACUGUGGUGGCUCCCAUCGAGCGAGUCAAGCUGCUGCUGCAGGUGCAGGCAGUGUCUAAGGACAUCCCAAAGGACAAGCAGUACAAGGGGAUCGUGGACUGCUUCAGCCGCGUGACCAAGGAGCAGGGCGUGGCAUCGCUGUGGCGCGGCAACCUGGCCAACGUCAUCCGCUACUUCCCCACCCAGGCCCUGAACUUCGCCUUCAAGGACACCUACAAGAAAGUCUUCCUGGGCGGCGUGGACAAGAAUACCCAGUUCUGGCGCUACUUUGCCGGAAACCUGGCGUCCGGCGGCGCAGCAGGGGCCACCUCCCUGUGCUUCGUCUACCCGCUGGACUUCGCCCGGACCCGCCUGGCCGCUGAUGUUGGCGGCGGCGGCAAGCGUGAGUUUAACGGCCUGGGCGACUGCCUGAAGAAAAUCUACAGGGCCGACGGCAUGUACGGGCUGUACCGCGGCUUCGGAGUGUCUGUCCAGGGCAUCAUCGUCUACCGCGCCGCCUACUUCGGCUGCUUCGACACCGCCAAGGGCAUGGUCCCGGCCGACUACAACAACUUCUUCGUGACCUGGGCCAUCGCCCAGGGAGUGACCACCGCCUCCGGAGUCAUCUCCUACCCGUUCGACACCGUGCGGCGCCGCAUGAUGAUGCAGUCUGGCCGCAAGGAGCUUCUCUACAAGAACACCAUCGACUGCUGGCGCAAGAUCAUCCAGCAGGAGGGGGCCAACGCGCUCUUCAAGGGAGCCUUCUCCAACAUCCUCCGCGGCAUGGGCGGCGCCUUCGUGCUGGUCCUGUACGACGAGAUCAAGAAGGUCUUGUAAACAUCGGCACAACAUCUGACGCUAGAUGUUGAUGCAAUAGAGACUGUAAAUAUAGCUCAACGAAUGGAACGAGUAAUAACGUUAUAUUUUAAUUGUGAAUUUAGAUUAACGACGUUAAGUAAUAGAAUGUAUCUGUGUAUAACUGUAUAGACUAUAGGUUAUGAGAGAGAUGUCUAUUUUUGUACUAUUUAUAAAGCUGAAAGGAGGAAAUGUACAGACUCUGAUAUUCUAUGCCACAUUCUAGAACAUGUCUUGUUUGUAUUAAGUUGAAGGCGAUUUUGAAGUACAGUUUGUAG